AUGCUCAACCAACUCCGCGGAUUGAGAAAUGUUGCACACUCAACCAUGCUCAACCAACUCCGCGGAUUGAGAAAUGUUGCACACUCAACUAUACUCAACCAACUCCGCGUCUCGACCCAGAAUACCAAUCAUAUUAGAAUUAAUGUUCAUAAUUGUCCCGAACCUUUUGAAGCGAUUGGCGUGGGAUGUUACUAUAUUAGCGAGAAAUCACUUAACAGAGCGGAUGCCGAGGCGGAGUGCGCCAGCCUAGCCCCAGAUGGCAGCACAUCCGGCCUGGCUGUUCUCAGUGACUGUCACCAGCAUGGUAUCUUGUGGAAUCACAUAUCGUUGAAGUGGGACUACUGGCUGGGCGGGAGCGACGAGGCGGCGGAGGGCGACUGGCGGUGGUCCUCGGGCGACGAGAUCCUCCGCGGCGCCCCCUUCUGGUUCCCCGGCCAACCCAACGGCAGCGAGAUGGAGAACUACCUCUCACUCUCCAAGAACGGCUACUUUGCGGACGAGGCGGGGACUAUCCACCAGGGUUAUAUAUGUCAGCUGAUGUAGAAAAAUAAGAGACGAGAGAGAGAGAGAGAGAGAGAAAAAAAAAAUGAAUGGAAAUGAAUAAAAUGAAGGGAGGGAUGAUGAACGUAGGAGUGUUAAGCUACGGCGUUGAUUUGUUGACAAUGAUGGUUGUUAAAUAUACGCGACCUUAGAGCUUGCGUGAUUUUUUUUUUUUUUUUUUUUUUUGGGGGGGGGGGGGAUGCGAGGGAUACGUGCUUAAAUAAAGGAAGUCUUUUGAAAGGAG